AUUUCUGGGAUCCCAUGAGCCCUUGAGCCGUUCAGCAGCAGAGCGGUAACAGGAGAAACGAUCUUAAGAAUAUGCCUGGACUGCACGAUGGACUCCAACAACACAGAGCCUGGCCAGUUUACACCAACCGACACCCAAGGACCACCAGUUUACUCCCAAUCCUCUCCCUGGGCACCAUUUCAGAGCAUGGGUGAUGCCAAUGUGUCCUUUUUCCAAGGCAUUGUGAACCUCAGCGCCAUUUAUGGGGUGAACCAUACUGACGCGCGGGUUGAGGAGUCAAGGGUUCAGUAUGACCCUUUUGGCGGGCACUCGUGGCAGGUCGUCCUGAUCGUGCUGUUUUUGGGGCUGCUGUCCCUUAUCACCAUUAUUGGGAACAUCCUGGUCAUCGUCUCGUUCAAGGUCAACCGGCAGCUCAAGACUGUGAACAACUACUUUCUGCUCAGCCUGGCCUUCGCUGACCUUAUCAUAGGGGUCAUCUCGAUGAACCUGUAUACAGCGUAUAUCGUGAUGGGCCAGUGGGCCAUGGGCAACUGGGCAUGCGAUCUGUGGUUAGCGAUAGACUAUGUGGCCAGCAACGCGUCCGUCAUGAACCUGCUGGUGAUCAGCUUCGACCGCUACUUCUCCAUCACCAGGCCACUGACGUAUCGCGCCAAGCGGACAACCAAGCGUGCAGGAUUGAUGAUAGGACUAGCCUGGCUUGUAUCGUUGAUCCUGUGGGCGCCCGCCAUCUUGUUCUGGCAGAAUUUCGUCGGAGAGAGGACGGUUCCCUCGGACAAGUGCUACAUCCAGUUCCUGUCUGAGCCGAUUAUCACAUUUUGUACAGCAAUGGCGGCUUUUUAUCUGCCGGUGACUAUCAUGAGCGUCCUGUACUGGAGGAUCUAUAAAGAGACCGAGAACCGUUCCCGAGAACUCGCCGGACUGCAAGGCUCAGGGGGGCGACUGGGACAGGAACGGACUAAAUUUCGCAUCGCCGCGACGAGAGCCAGCUCUAGAAGCUGCAGCAGUUUCGAACUGAGCCAGCCUGCCAAGGGACAGAAAUCUUUACUGGGAUUGCCAGGACUUUUUCACUGCUGGAAGUGGAAAGCUGGUGGCAGAGGAGAUGAAGUGGACCGUAGCAGCUGUGACAGUUGGAACAACAACGACACCGGAGUGUCUGCUGACCAUUCUGGUUCAUCUGAUGAAGAGGACGGGGCUCCACCUACAGCGCGGGCUAUCUUCUCCAUCGUCCUGAGCCUACCUGGCAUGCAGGCAGCCGUCAACUCCCAGGUUGCGGCUUCUGAGGUCUUGGGUGCUUCAAAAGAAGAACCACCACGUGAGCCGGCGGUCACCAAUGGCAAGAGCUUCGUGUCCAGUAAAGCCAAAGGUCAGUCCGAGUCUGCCGAUCAGGCUGAAACCACCAGCAUCGAUACGACCAGUGGUACUGCCAUUAGAUCCCCCUCCGCACCCAUUUCCUUUAAGGAAGCGGCGCUCGCAAAGCGUUUUGUCACUCGCGCAAGGACUCAGAUUAGCAAGCGCAAACGGAUGUCAUUAAUCAAAGAGAAAAAAGCUGCCCAGACGCUCAGCGCCAUUCUGUUCGCUUUCAUCAUCACCUGGACUCCCUACAACAUCAUGGUGCUGGUCAAUACCUUCUGUAACGGCUGCAUCCCUGAAUCCCUGUGGGCGCUCGGAUACUGGCUAUGCUACGUCAACAGUACGGUGAACCCCAUGUGCUACGCGCUUUGCAACAAGACCUUCCGCAGCACGUUCAAGAGGAUCCUGCUGUGUCGCUGGAAUGAGAACAAAAGCAAGCAGACCUUCCUGCAGAGGGAGUCUGUCCGCUUCCACAGGAGCAUACUCGGAAACUCCACGUAG